GGGGAGAGAGAGAUGUGUAGGUCUUUGGGUGAGCUGGUGCCGUCGAUCUUCCCGUUGUCCUCCGAAAUCCUUUUAAAGUCACUGACUGUGACCAUUACAAAGGCGACCGUUCCUCUGUGGUGGAAUUAUCAACCCAGGCCAGGGCUGGACACACAAAUGACUCCCCACUGGUCACACCUUUUCUGCACUGCAAGAGCCACUGAUCGAUUUCCCCAAAUUGAUCCUCCAAAAACCCACCUUCCUGUGGGCACAACAAAGCUCAUGUAGUUUCCAAAACCAUGUCUGUGCCUGGAUCCAGCAGCUGACCUGGUAUUUAUUUCAGCGUGCUGAACACCAGCUGUCCAUCAAACUGCUCCAUCCUUCUCUCUCUCUGUAAGGACUCACAAGCAGGCAGUGUCCUUGUAGAAAUGUAAACAAACUGCUGAGAAACCAUAACGUUAAUCUUCUGAGCAUUCUUCGCCUCUCUCUUAAUAACAAGAUCUCUGCAUUGGACACCUCCCUCUCUCUUUUUAGAAGCACAGAUCAUAGGGUCAACUCAGGACCCUGUCACAUUUUAAAAAGAGUCUCUGCUCUUUCGGCCAUGCAUUCCACAGUCCAAUUACCCUUAGGCAUUCUUCCCAGAUCCCUACUGAACUUCCUACCCCUAAACCUCAGCCUAUACCCUCUAGUUUUAGAUAUUUCUGCUAUGGAAACAAGUUUCCAAUUAACUACAACAACAAUGACCAAUUCCCUCAUGACAUAUUGCAAGUCUGAAUUUCCCUCCCACCACCAAGUGUAAGUCCACACUUCCUAGUCCCUGUGACACCAAUGCCACCAUCAAGUGCCAGCAACCUUCUACUAACUCCCACUGCGUCUACCAAAUACUGGUCUCCUGAUCUCAAUCCCACCCCACCAAAUGCUAGUUUUUCCAAACACUGCUGGGUCUAUGCACCCCACUAUUACAAUCUUUUUGAACAUUAAUUCAGGAUUACCAGUGGCUUGUUUGAGAUCCGGAAAAUUUUCAUUCGAGAGUAGUUAAUCAGACAGCUGUUGCUGCCAUACUUCCACAUCUUUCUAACCCAAUCAUUGGAGCACACUGGGAACUCUAAAUCAUUCUGCAGUCACUGUAAAUUUAAACAUACCAAAACUUUCUCUAAUGUUAAAGUAUACUUUUGUUUCACUGCACAUUACAUUUCCUAUGUAAAAUUAGGAAAAAAGAUCAGAAAAUGUUGGAAAUACUCAGCAGGCCAGGCAGCAUCUGAAGGUGUGGAAAGAGAAACAGAGUUAACAUUUCAGGUUGAGUCAGAAGUGGGAAUUAAAGAAAAAAACACAAGUUAGACGUACAAAAAAAGCUGGAUGAACUCAGCAGGUCGGGCAGCAUGCGUUGAAAGGAGCAGUCAAUGGAUGCUGCCUGGACUGCUGAAUUCAUCCAGCUUUUUUGUACGUCUUGAUUUGACCACAGCAUCUGCAGUGUACUUUGUGUUUAAAAAACAAGUUAGUUUUAAAUUGCAGAUAAGGCAAAAUAGCCAUUGGAUAAAGGGAUUAUCUACGGCCAGGUGAGGCCAAGGUUGCUGUGGUUGAUGGGUUUAUGGCAGCAGAGAACGAUUGGGGUAAAAUACCAUACUGUGCUGAUGGAAAGAGAAAAAGAAAACUGAACGAUAUUGCAAAUGGCUAACUCACAGAAGUCGCCAAUUCUGACACCGAGAGAAAGCAGGUUGCCUGAAGCUGGAGGAAUUCCUAUUCAGUCCUGCAAAUGAUUUCCAUUUCGUAUGGCUCUGACAUUAACUAGUUCUCUUUUCGAAGAUGCUCUCCGUCCUGUUUCCAUUGUGGUGUAGUUCCUGUGUGUGAGCAGGUCGCCAGCAAUGCCCGCGGCUUGAGCGCGGUUUCGAUGCGGCGAGUGGAGGGAAGCAGCGAGCUCUCCCGUUCCCUAGUAAUGCGCAUUGUGCCGUGGGGUCCGGGAGCUUCGAGGUGGAGGUUGCCGGUAUUAACUCUGUCCGUUUAAAGCUGUUGGUGCAGCACACUGAACGAUGUGAACGUGCACACGUUCGCUCCUGCUUUUGUGUUUAUCUCCUUUUGAUAUUCAAUCACUCAGACAACCCCUCCUCCCACCUUUUAACUGCAUUUAAAGUCAAGAGAAGCAGCAAAGGAAAACAGGACAGCGCUAAAGUGGACAACUGGCUGCAAUCUGCUUCGAGUUUACAUUUUGGCCGCUUUAGUUGUGAGAGUGAUUAAGAUAAAAUAUAGCGAACGACAAUUUGGCGCUCUUCGAGAUUCGGUUCAUUUUAUUGGCUUUUUUCUUUGAGGAGAUGGGCUGGAAAAUGAGAAAUAUAUCUUCUCUGAGUGCGGCAGUAUUCCUUUGCUUGCUCGGGGUCACUUCAGCGUCUGAGCUCAGCUGUGAGGAGGUGAAGAAAGUUUUCGAACUGCGUCAAAUCGGACCAUCCAAGUGGCUGCCGGGGACACCCAGAGCUGGGUCUGGUCUUCAGGUAUGCACACUAAAGAACAAAACGUGUUGCACAAGAAAGAUGGAAGAUCGAUACCAGUCAGCUGCUCACCAAGAUCUUCAACGUUUGCUUCGAACAACCAGCUCAGCUCUGAAAUUUUUAAUAUCACAGAAUGCAGCUGCUUUUCAAGAAGCAUUUCAGAAUAUAAUUCAGCAAGCUGAGGACAACACCAAGGCACUGCUAAGAACUGCAUAUCGAAAAUUGGCCCCACAAAUGGCUGCACUAGUUCAAGAACUCUUCGCCGAUGUUGCAUUCUUCAUUUUUGGCUCAGAGAAAAAUGUUGAUGAAUUUGUGAACAGAUUUUUUGACAACCUCUUUCCACUGGUCUAUACUCAUCUAAUCAAACCAGGCCUUAGUAACGUCUCUCCAGAUUUUACAACGUGUAUUCGAAGGGUAAGGAAGGACCUCAACCCAUUUGGCUAUUUCCCAAAAUCAAUUUCAAGUCAAAUGUCAAACUCUUUAACUGCUGAGCAUAUGUUCUUGCAGGCCUUAAAUUUAGGAAUUGAAAUAAUUAACACAACUGAUCACUUGCACUAUACCAAAGAGUGCAGCAGGGCUUUGCUGAAGAUGCAGUACUGUUCCCAUUGCCAAGGCUGGACUAAUCAUAAGCCAUGCAUGGGAUAUUGCCUGAAUGUAAUUAGAGGAUGCCUUGCUAAUAUGGCAGAAAUUGAUUCUCACUGGCGGGAAUACAUUAGAUCACUUGAGGAACUAUCAAGCGGAAUACUGGAAACAUACGAUUUAGAACAAAUUUUACUGAAUCUCCAUUCGUUAGUGAAUGAUGCAAUAAUGAAUGCACAGAUCAAUGGAUCAAAAUUGUCAGCAAUGGUAAAUAGAGCUUGUGGACAUCCUGUUAGAAAACCUGCACAAUCUAGAGAUCAUCAGCCAGAUCCUUAUGAUAAACAUCGACUGAAAUUCAAUCAUAAAGAAAAUGAGGAGUCAUUAUCCAGCAGGCGGAAAGAGUUUAUUAGUAGUCUGCGGUUAUAUAGACCUUUAUACGGUGGCCUGGCUGAUCAGCUCUGUUUGAAUGACUUGGCGACUUCUGAUGGAUUAACUUGCUGGAAUGGAGAAGAUGUAGUCUCAAGUUACACACGACAAGUAGUUGGAAAUGGGAUCAAAGCCCAGUCAGAUAACCCGGAGGUGAAAGUUAAAGCAAUUGAUCCAAUGAUAAAUCAGGUCAUUGAUAAACUGAAACACAUCAAUCAGCUGUUACAAGGAAAAGUGACCUCCAAAUACGAACAGUGGCGACGGGCAGGAAAGGGCAGUGGUCAGAUGGAUAGUGAUGAUGUCGAGUUCAGUGGAGACUGUGAUGAUGAGGAUGGCUGCAUUGGCUCAGGAAAUGGAGCAGUAAGAACAGUUUUCAAACCCUCUGAACGCAUUUACAGAAAAUAAAUGAAGUACAAUAACAUUUACAAGAAACUAUAUGUAAGGAAAGACUGACAAAUAACCAAUGUGCAGAAGAAGACAAACUGCAAAUAAAAUAUAAUACUGAAAACAUGAGUUGUAAAGAGUUCCUGAAAGUGAGUCUGUAGGUUAAAGAAUCAGUUCAGAGUCAUGGCAAUUGAAGUCAUUCAGGCUGAUUCAGGAGCCUGACGAUUGUAGGGUAACAACUGUUCCUGAACCUGAUGGUGUUUGCUUCUGCACAACCUGCUUAAUGAAAGUAGUGAGAAGAAGGCACGGCCUGGAUGGUGGGGGUCUUUUAUGGUGGGUGCUGCUUUCUUGUAACCGUGCUGUAUGUAAAUUUACUCAGUGGCGUGGAGGGAUUUGCCUGUGAUGGACUGAGCUGUGCCCACCAAUGAUGUCAUACAGAUACAUGGCUGGCAACUUGCCGCCAGAAAUACCAUUAAUGCUUUUUCAUUACUUAGUUCCCACCAUGAACAAACCAAACGUCAUCAUUGAUCUGAAACUCAAAUGUAAUCACCAUAUAAAUACUGUGGCUAAGGUACUAAACCCAAGACCAGGUUUCCUGAAGUUGUUGAUGAUGGGAUGUUAUGUUGAAGUUACAUAAGAUGUUGGCGAGGCCAAACGUGGAGUAUUGUGUGCAGUACUGAUCCCUCCUUGCAGGAAAUAUAUCUUUUUUUUCCCUAAAUCUUUUUAUUAAUAUUAGUAAUAUGGACAGAAUACAGAUGAUAUAUUGAUAAAGAAAUUACCAACAUACACAUUCCAUUACAUAUGAAAAAAAAACAUACAUAAUAGUUACAAUAUAAAUGAGUUUACCAAGACAUAAGCCAUAAGAUAUAUGUAUGGACAUAGUAAAUCUAAAUAUUUCAUAAUGUAUAAUAUAAAAAAAACAGAAAAAAGAAAGAAAAAGAAACAAAAAAAAAUUUAUAUAAUGCAGAACUAGCUAAUCUAAUCUAAUAACUAUAACUAAUAAGUAAUAUAAAAGAAAAAAAAAACAAAAGAGAAGGAAAAAAAAAGCGGGCUGUUUAUAAUAUCUCACAAAAAUAAGUAUUCAUCAAUGCCGUCACUUCCGGUCCUCUCAAAAUACAUAAGCUGAAAGCUGGGAAAUAUAUCAAUAAGACUGAAAGAGCACAGAGAAAAUUUACAAGGAUAUUGCCAGGACUUGAGGAUCUGAGUCAUAGUAUAGGUUGAAAAGGUUAUGAUGUGGAGCAUAGGAGAAUGAGGGGAGAUUUGAUCGGGGAAUACGAAAUUAUGAAGCAUAUUGAUAGGAUAAAUGUAAGCAGGUUUUUUCCACUGAGGUUGGGUGAGAUUAGAACUUGAGUUCAUUGGGUUAAGAGUGAACGGUGAAGUGUUUAAGGGGAACAUGAAGGGCAGCUUCUACACUGGGAGGAUGGUGAGCGUGUGGAAUAAGCUGCCAACGUGUGGAUGCCGGUUCAAUUUCAGCAUUUUAGAGAAAUCAGGAUGAGUACAUGGAUAGAAGAGGUGUGGAUAGCUACGGUCCAGGUGCAAGUCACUGGGACUAGACAGAAAAAUAGUUAAGCAUGGAUUAAAGGGGUUGAGAGGCCUGUUUCUGUGCUGUAGUGCUCAAUGACUCUAUCACCAUGGCCUCCUGGCUCCUCAAGGCCUUUCCAUCACCUACAAAUGUGUCAGGACUGUUAUGGAGUACUCCUUGCAUACUGGCAUCAGUAUAGUUCAAACCAAUUUCAAGCAGGCAGACUGUAUCCCAGACAAAGUAUCCUAUUUUGUUGACACCCUAUCUACCGUCCCAAACCUUUGCUGCAGUGUGGACUGUCUGUAAAAAUGCACUCCAGUACUCAUCUGGCAACUCUGACAGUGUUUUCCAAACCUAUAACCUUUCCCACCAAGAACGCUAAGGGCAGCAGCCACAGGAAACAUCAGUAGCUACAGGAUGCCUUUGCACUCUCACACCGUCGUGAAAUUGGGAAUGUAUCAUCGAGUCUAAGUUCAGAAACAUCUUCCUGAAUAGAACCUUGGAGUACCUUCGGCAGAAUGACUUCUAAACCACUGCAUUUUAAGAUGGCUCAGCUACACUUCUCAGGGUCAAUUAGAGAUAGGCGAUAAAUAAUGAUCUCAGCAGUGAUGCCCAGGUACUAAAAACGAAUAACUAAACCAAAGGUCUGGGGAUCUUCAGUGAAGCUGUUUUAAAUAGCAGACUUUCUACUUAUAGUUUCUUCACUACAAUGGCCAGGAGCCCCUGAUCCACUAGGAGCACACGUCCAUCUUCUCUCAUCUCUGCAUAGUCCAUUUUCAGUUUCCGUUCAUUUAUUGGCAACAUUGCCUUAGCAGAGUGGCACAUGCUUUGUACCAUGUCCUUUUAUAUCUUGGCGGUAAAGAUUUUACCAGUAAGGCCAAAUUGUGGCCGUCAGAAAAAUUUGAAAUAAUCAAUAGAGGAUGCCACUUUGAGAUUAGCAGCAUCUUUAUGGGACCUCACGAAGCAGCGUUCAUGGUGAUUCUCAAUGAUGUUUGGUCACCACUGAAAGAUAAUAAAUCAAACUUUAGACUUUUGUUCUCUGGUCAAUACUCGAAAGUCCUCAUUCUAUUGGCUUCUGACUGUCCAUAUUAUUUUGUGAAUGGUUUUACAUCAGCUGUCAAAUUACCUUCACUAAUAUUUUUUCCACUAUUUACAAAAUACUUGGAGUUAUCCUUUUGUUGUACAUAAUGGAUAUCCUCACUCUAUCUGUAAAAACCUUGGAAGCUUAAUCAUAGCAACCUAACCAACAAAGUGUACAACAUUUUGACAGCUUUUAUAAUUAUAUUCAAUAAUUAUGAUGUACUAAAUAAAUAAACAGUUGUAAAGCUGUGCAUCUCAAAUAUACAAAAUGCUUUAUUCUGAAGGUAAAUGUAUAUUCACCAGCUCCCUCUGCUACACUAUAGAUUUCUGUUUAGAUAUUCAAUUAUUCAAUUCAUUUCUCCUGGCAUUUUUUUUUUGAGAAAAUACACAGCUCAUAAAUUCCAGGCAUUUUUCCCUUUUGAUUCAGCAGUUUUCUGUAUACUGUUUGGUGCCUAGUGCCUUGAAAUCUAUUCCAACAACAUGUAAUCUGUACAGCUGAAUGCCUUGCAGAAUUGGAUGGUAAAAAAAUAUUUGUCAAACAUACUUUCCAGAUCAAGGUAAAGAAAAAACUGAGCAAAACAGAAAACAAGAAGAUAGUUCAUCAGCUUCUGCUUGUGAACUCUGUACUGGGUAGGACCAGAGAUCCAAAAUGCCAAAGGAGAAAGAGAACUUCUGAAUGUGGUUUAACUGCAUAGCCUAAAUAAAUUACAAAUAUAGCAACAACUUAAGGAAACUCAUUUGAUAAUCUUGUGACUGUCAGUAGAUAAAAUUUUAAAUAGGGAAAUAAACAUAAGGGAUUUUGCAGAUGCUGGAAAUCCAGAGUAGCACACAUAUGGAAUGAAUAAACAGAUAAAAUAAACACAUCUAUGGAAAUGAAUAAACCCAUUGACAUUCUGGGCCCAGACCCUUCUUCAGCACUGGAAAGUUUGGGAGAAGACGCCAGAAUAAAAAGGUGUGGGGGAAGGGGGUUUGAGCAUAGCUGGAAGGUGGUAAGUGAAGUCAGGAGGGUGGGAAAGUUAACGAGCUAGAGAGGAAGGAAUCUGUUAGGAGAGGAGAGUGGAACAUUGGAGAAAGGCAGGAAGGAGGGGCACCGGGGGAGGUGAGGAGAAGAGGUAAGAAGCCCAAGUGGGGAAUAGAGGAAGAGGGAAGGGGGAGGGAAAAAACCCGGGAAGGAGAAAUCAAUGUUCACACCAUCAAGUUGGAGGCUACCCAGACCGAAUAUGAGGUGUUGCUCCUCCACCCUGAGAAUGGCCUCAUGUGGCAAAAGAGGAGGCCACGGAAUGACGUGUCAGAAUGGGAAUGGGGAUAGGAAUUAAAAUGGUUGGCUACCGCGAAAUUCAAUUUUUGCCAGAUGGAGUGGAGGUGCUCGACAAAGUGGUCCCCCAAUGUCAGGUCUCACCAAUGUAGAGGAAGCUACAUUAGGAUCAACGGAUACGAUAGACGACCUCAACAGAUCUGCAGGUGAAGUGCAGCCUCAAUUGGGAGGACUGUUUGAGGCCCUGAAUGGAGGUAAGGUAGGAGGUGAAUGGGCAGGUGUAGUAUUUCUGUCACUUGCAGGUAUAUGUGACAGGAGGGGGAUUAGUAAGGAGGGACAAUUGGGCAAGAGGAUCAUGGAGGGAGCGAUCCCUGUGGAGAACGGAGAGUGAGGGGGGGUGGCGGUUUGGGAAGAUAAGGUUAUGCUUGGUGGCUGGAUCACUUUGGAGAUGGCAGAAGUUGUGCAGAAUGAUGUGUGGGAUGUGAAGGCUCGUAGGAUGGUAGGGAAGGACAAGAGUUCAUCCAGCGUUUGUACGUGUUCAGAGGACCUCCUACCUUGUUAAGGAGGCAAGAAGAUGGGCUAAGCAUGGAGGUCUGGGAAAUGGAGGCAAUGUGGGUUAGGGCAGCAUCAGUGGAAGGAAAACUAUGUUCUUUGAAGAAGGAGGCCAUCUCUGUCCAGAAAAGGAAAAUCUCAUCCUGGGAACAGAUGCAGCAGAGACAAAGGAACUGAGAAAAGAGAAUAGCAUUUUUCUGGGAAACAGGGUGUGAAGAGGUAUAUUCAAGAUAGCCAUGGGAAUUGGUAAGUUUGUAAAAGAUGUUGGUAAAUAGUUUGUCUCCAGAGAUGGAGAUACAGAUAUCGAGAAGGAGGAGAGCUAUGUCAUAAGUGGACGAAAUGAAUUUAAGGGCAGGGUGUAAGUUGAGACAAAGUUGAUAAAAUUAACGAACUCAGCAUUGGUGAAUGAAGCAGCACCAACACAGUCACUAACUUAGUGCAGAAAGUGCAUUACCAUGGAAGGCUUGAAACAUGGACUAUGUAGCCAAUGAAAAUGCAGGCAUAGCUAGGGCCCAUGCGGCUAUCCCUUGAGUUUGGAGAAUGUGGGAAGACCUGAAGGAGAAAUUGUUGAGGGUGAGGGCCAGUUCUGCCAGAGGACAGUGGUAGUGGAGAGUCAACUAGUGGGUCCUUUGUUGAGAAGCAGGUGGAGAACUUUUAACCCGUCUUGAUGGGAGAUAGAAGUAUAUUUGUUAAAAUCAUGGAACAUCCUUUUGCUUUGAGAUUUUUAGGUCAGAAAUACUAUACCUUUCUAAAUGAACUGUAAAAAACUGUAGAAGCUGGAAAUAUAAAAUUAGAAAAACAUAAUGAGGGAAAAAUAUUGUGUAGAAAUUAGUUCUUCCUCGUGCAGAUGGAUGGUAGGACUUUCAAGGUGGAAUUGGUGGGUAUGUGAGAGUAAAUAGGCUCCAGGUAGAUGUAUGAGGGAAGGAAAUUGAUGGAAUUACUCUGAGGCAUUGAUGAGGAGGAGAUAAUGAAAGGAGAGUCUAUGAUAGAGCGGGGACAAGGCGAGACGGAGUCACCUGUUGGUCAGGAUGUGGAGAUUCAGUAUUAAGCUACUUGGACUUCACACUGCCAAGGUUAGCAGGGUAUGGGGCUACCCUUCACUACGACCCAGUAACUCAUCUCUGUAUUCACAUCGAUUCCAGCUGCACUCAAUUGGGACAGUUAAGGGUUGAGUAUUCAAAUCUGAGUCGCGGCUGUAAUUGCAGGCAAGCUUCAACCCAAAAGCAUCAUGGAUGAAUUCCAUCCCAUUUGGGUUUUGGCAAUAUUGACCAAUUUGUUUUCUCCUCUGUUUUAACUGUCAAAUUGCGUGGCUGAUCUGGUGAAGUCAAUCACCUCAACUGCUGAUACCUUCUCCCCAAAAGUUCAAACACAAAACCCAGGAAAAUUUCCAGUGGUUGGAUCCAUGCUGUUUUUUGCAUAUUAUAGUGUUAAACAUUUUCUGAGCUUUAGUUGACAAGAAAGCAAAAUAAAAAUCCCCAAGACCUCUUGCAAAAACUUUUCUUGUUUAUACAGAUCAAAUUCUUGUCAGCAAUAAAUGAAAGCAAGGCAGAAUAUAUUUUAUAAUUCUCCUUAUUUCAUAAAACAACACAUAACCUUCAAAAGACCUUCAAAAUCUUCACAGAAUAUCUCAUAUGUCUGUGUGAUGUGCUAUUCGGUAGCAUGGUAUUGGUGAUAAAGAUGCUGGAAAUCCACAGUAACACACACAAAAUGCCGGAGGAACUCAGCAGGUCAGGCAGCAUCUUUGGAAAUGAAUAAACAGUUGAUGUUUCAGGGCAAGACUCUUCUUCAGGACUGGGAAAGAAGGGAAAAGAAGACAGAAUAAAUAGAUAGAGGUAGGGGAAGGAGGAUAGCUAGAAGGUGAUUGGCAAAGCCAGGUGGGUGGGAAAGAUAAACACCAGGAGAGGAAGGGAUCUGAUGGGAGACGAGGGUGGACCGUAGGAGAAAAGGAAUGAGAGGAGGUGAUAGGCAUCUGAGAAAAGAUAAGGGGCUAGAGUGGGGAAUAGAAGAAGAGGGGAGGAAGAGUUAAAAUAGUUCUUACCAGAAGGAGAAAACAACAUUCAUGCCAUCAGGUUGGAAGCUACCCAGACAGAAUACAAGAUGUUUCUCUUCCGCCCUGAGGUGUUCCUCAUCGUGACACAAGAUGAGAUCAUGGACUGACAUGUUGGAAUGGGUUUAGGAAUCAGAAUUAAAAUGUUUGACCAGUAAGAAGUUCCACUUUUGGCAGAUGGAGUGGAGGAGCUCGACAGAGCUGUCCCCCAAUUUACAACAGGUCUCACCAAUGUAUAGAAGGCCACACCAAAGCACUGGACACAGUAGACUCCGACACAUCCACAGGUGAAGUGUCACCUCACCUGGAAGGACAGUUUAGGGCCCUAGAUGGAGGUGAGGGAGGAGGUAUAUGGGCAGGUGUAGCAUUCUGUCAGCUUGUCAAAGUGCCAGGAGGGAAAUUAGUGGGGAGGGACAAAUGAAGAAGGGAAUCACAGAAGGAGAGAUCCCUGCAAAGAGCAUAGCAGGGGAAGACGAGGUUAAAAUAUGUUUAGUGGUAGGACCCCUUUGGAGAUGGCAGUAGUUACAGAGGCUGAUGUGUUGGAUGUGGAGACUCAUGGGUUGCUAGAGGAGGAUAGGAGAAACUCUUACUGUUGUUAAUGCAGUGGGCAGGUGGGUGAGCAUGGACUUUUGGGAAAUAGAGGAGUUACAAUUGAGGGCAAUAUCAAUGUUGGAGGAAAUUAAAUCCUCUCCUCUAAUAUCCUGGACCAGAAAGCCAUAUCCUAGGAACAGGUGUGACAGAGGUAAAGGAACUGAGAAAGGGAAAUCACAUUUUUACAGCAGACAGGGUGGGAAGAGAUAUAGUCAAAAUAAAAUGUGGGAAUCGAUAGGUUUAUAUAGUAUGUUGGUUGGCAGUCCCUCCAAAGAUGGAGUCAGAGAGACCAAGAAAGGGGAGGGCAUUGUCAGAAAUGGACCAAAUGAAUUUAAAGGCAGGGUGUAAGUUGGGGACAAAGUUGAUGGACUGGACGAGUUAAUUGUGGGUGCAUGCACCAGCACCAAUGCAGUCAUCAGUGUAGUGGAGGAAGACCUGAGGAACAUUACUGGGGAAGGCUUGGAAUAUGGGCUGUUCUACGUAGCCAAUGAAAAGGCAGGCAGAACUGAUAAAGGCUGUAAGAGUAAGAACACAGGCAGAGCUGGGUAAUUUUGAGAAAAGGAGUUAAUGAUUACAUAAAAGAAAACGGAUAUGUUAAGCUUCUUGUUUAAUUGCAGUUGUUGAUUAUUGUUUAUCGGUUGACAUUCGCUGUGAAUUUACUGAAUAAAGCAUGAGUGAGUUUGUAAUUAAUAUCACUGUUCCCCACUUAGCUUUACUCUCUAGAUACCAAAGGCUGAUGCAUUUGACGCAUUUCUUGAAGCUUCUUUAUUAAUGAAAAACACCCAUUUACUAAACACUAAUAAAAACAAAUGAAGAAUAUUGAACUGAAUUAAAAAAUUUUAAAAAUCAAAUACAUCGUUGCAGCAUAAAAUUGAAGUCUGUUUAUCAGGCUCCUAUUAAGUUUGCACAACUUAAUAUUACAAAUGCUAAGAUUGAUUUCUU